UAACAUUCCACAAGUGGCAGAUGUUGACACUUCCGGUUAUGUGGGCAUCCGCUUAGUUCAAAUUGUACGUUAGCGGAAGUUGGUUCUUAAUUUGUCGGUCGGUUUGCCAACGGUUCUUCAAAAAGAGUUACUUUUAACUAAUUUUAAUGGGAAUAAUCAAUCAAAUCAAGUGCAAUAUAUGAUAUGAAUACACUGAAAAAGUGAUAAUUACAAAGAAAAUAUUUCCCCAUAAAGCAAAAGAAAAAAAUUGAAUUAAAAAUAUUAAAGAGAUUUGAAGAAUCCGUUAAAAUAAAGCAUCAAGAUUGGAUUAUUGAAAAAUGUUACAUAUACUACAAUAGUUGCCAGCAUUGGCAGGAAUAAAAUAUAAGAAGAGCUCUCAUAAUCUUUUGUAAAUCAGAUAACCCGCCCACACUGCUGUAAAAUGAAUCAUGAUUUGAUGUGUAAAUUAAACAUGCACGACACUCAAGUGAUGGAUUUGAUGGGUUCCCAUGAUUUUGUGCAAUUGCAGCAACAGCAAAAUGUUCAACAGCAACAACAAAUGCUCACUUAUCAAAUGACGGAAACACAGACACAAACAACUCCCCCAAAUGUACCAUCACAUUCCGAUAAUCCUGAUAACACCAGAUCGUCAAGGCCAAUAAGACGAGCUAGUCGCAGGACACCACAGUUAAGCAAUAAUUAUGAUAUGGAAAUGACAGAUUCAAGUUCGCAAAGCGAUGACACCAGUGGAGGAGGUGGCAGCAGUAAUGGUGGCGGGAGCGGGGCACGACCUUCAAGUCGUGGCAGAAAUUCAUCGGGCACAAAUCCCAAUCGCCGCAGAAAGGGCACACUUAAUGCAAAGGAACGAAAUUUACGCCGCCUGGAGUCCAACGAAAGAGAACGCAUGCGAAUGCACAGCCUAAAUGACGCAUUUCAGUCCUUACGAGAAGUGAUUCCCCAUGUAGAAAUGGAACGCCGCCUCUCAAAAAUAGAAACGCUGACAUUGGCCAAAAAUUACAUCAUCAAUUUGACGCACAUAAUACUGGCCAAACGUAAUGAGGAGUCGGCUUUGGAAUUCAAUGGCGCGCUUAUGAACGGCAACGGUGCUGUAGAUACCACUACAGUUAACAAUGGUAUUGAGCCUGACGUCAAUAUUCUUGGUUUAAAUGGCAAUCCCGCUGGCAAUAAUGCUAACGGCCUAAUUGCACUAUCCGGUAAUUGCUAUGACGACACGUCACUGGCCAAUGGAGCGACCUAUAAUUGUACUCUCCUCGCGGAACACCAUCAAAAUGUCACACCCCAGUCAUUGACAACAGCAACCACUACGAUACAGAUACAGAAUCAACCACUCAGCCACAUGCACCAUCAGUCUCAUCACAUCAUGAUUUCCAAUCACAAUCAGAUCCUGAUGCCUCAACAACAAACGCCGAAUGUACCACCACCUCCACCGCAACAGCAAAAUGCUAUUAUUAUGAAUGGCUAUGGCGAUACUGCGGGCGAUAACAACAACUUCGAUGAACCAUUUCGAGAGUUCUUGUAAGGUCCCAGGUUCGAUACCAUCUAUUCGGGAAUGACAACCCCUCUCGGGAUAUCAACGAAUAUUGAUUUCUGAAUGUUUAGCUCUAAGUAUAGUGCCGAGGAGUACAAUCACUCCUUGCAUUUAUCCAAAUUCACCGAUUGGUUACAAACAUUGAAACAAAUUAGCAAAUAAUUUAAAUAUUGUAUUUAUAAUAAUUAAUUAGUUGAUAUGCAAGUAUCGAUUUAUAACUCUAUUGAUUAGAUUUGUAGUAGCAGUAGGAAACGCUUAAACAACCACAUGAGAAUUCGCACGAAAGUGCUUCUAGGACAACUCCAUUAAUGAACUCAAUUAUGUUAAAAAGGAAUAAAGUAAAGCAAAAAAGGAAUAGUUCCACUUCAGAAUCACUGUUCACAAUCCCCGGAAGAAGACAAAUAUUUGUAGACAUAGGCGAUAAGAAUACAGAAGCAGAAGUGCGUAUGAAAAGAAUAUUUCAAUAAAUCGUUUUGAA